GCCAGGCGGGCCAGCGCAAAUUCGUAGGGGGUCUGUUUUGGACCCUUGGGGGCCUACCGGUAGGCGGACUCCUCUACUCGUGAAAAAGUACAAGGGCAGAAAAAGAACAAGGCAGAAAAGAAGUCGGGUGAUGUCGGCCUCGCUUGGCGGCUGCACGAAGGAGUGCACAACGCCAGUGCUCCUCUUCACCAAGCAGUCCGCCCGGUUUGCGCAUUGGAGGAGCAAUAACCACUUCUUGCUGGUGGGCAAACGUGCCCGGAGUUUGAGCUGGAAUCUCCCCCACUGAACUCGCAACGCCCGGACACCUUGUUCGUGAUCUCGGUCUCGAACCCUCGAGACCUGCUGAAUUGGACGGCUCGGCAUUUUCAGAGGUGUUGCUUGUGCAUUGUGGGAGCGAAUGCUGCUUUCUCGCGGACAAAUGCACUGGAAGGUUGCACUGGGAAUGGUUCGACUUGGCGUGUCUCUCGCAAUGACCCUGCAGUGAUCUGGGGGCUGGGUUUUGAACCGUUGACCCGCUGAACUGGAUCGUUUGGUAUUUUGAAAGGCAGCACUUUGCAAAAGCCAUCGAAACAAAACGGAUAACGUUGCAGGUAGACAAGAUGAAAGUCGUAGCGCUUGUGAGCGGUGGCAAGGACAGCUGUUACAACAUGAUGCAGUGCCGGAAGUACGGCCACGAGAUCGUCGCAUUAGCGAAUCUGCUCCCGUGCAAUGAAGACGUGGACGAACUGGAUAGCUACAUGUACCAGACUGUUGGGCAUCAGCUGGUCGCAACUUACGCCGAAUGUAUGGGGCUGCCGUUAUUUCGCAAGCGAAUCACUGGAAAGACUCGGUCAAAGGGCCUGAUAUACCAGAGAACCGACGGCGAUGAAGUAGAGGACAUGGAGAUUUUGUUGAGGGAAGUGAAACGAAGGUUUCCUUGUGUCGAGGCGGUCUCAACAGGCGCGAUCGCCUCCGAUUACCAGCGUCUGCGAGUGGAGAAUGUCUGCUCCCGGCUUGGGUUAGUGUCCUUGGCUUUCCUGUGGAAGAGGAAUCAGGACGAACUGCUUCAGGAGAUGAUUGACGGCGGUAUCCAUGCUGUCUUGGUCAAGGUGGCAGUACUGGGGCUCAAUCCGAAGACUCACUUGGGCAAAGACCUCGCAAGCAUGAAACCGCAUUUGGAUCGCCUUGCAGAAUUAUACGGUAUAAAUGUGUGCGGAGAGGGAGGAGAGUACGAGACGUUGACUCUCGACUGCCCUCUGUUCAAAUCUGCAAGAAUCGUGAUUGAUGAGUACGAGAUCCGCCUCCAUUCCCUCGAUAGCAUCUCAUCAGUCGGCGUUCUUCAUCCGAAGAGCUUCCACGUGGAGCACAAGCAGGCAGUUUGCGGGGGUGCCGAGAACGCUGAGGCAUCUCCGAAUGAUGCACAAAGCAGAUGUGGGUUUCCAACCCUCGACCUGAUUGAGGAGGCCCACAGUCAGGUCAUUGAUGUAGAUAACCUUAGUAUCGCGACGGAGGAAGGCCAUCGGGUGAACGCAGCCCCUGCAGACCCUGCGGGGUCUGCGAUUGGUAGUGGAACUGAGGCGGAAAGGGGUGGAGGAGUAUGUGGUAAUGAUGACGGUGGUGGUGUGAUGGAGGUGCUCAGCUGGAAGCAGAGCUCAGGGUAUACUCUCAUUCGGAGUCGCCGACGCAAGCACAAGGAGGGGGACAAGUUAUCGAGUGUGGACGACUCUGAAGCGACGAAACAGGAUUUGGCAAAUGCUCUCCGACUGAUUGAGCACGAGUUGCAGGCCUGCGACCUUGGGUGGAAGCAUGUCCUUUACAUUCAUCUGUAUUUGGCCGAUAUGCGUCAUUUUGUGCCGGCAAACGAGGUAUACAAGGCCGUGAUAACGGAGGGGAAAUGCACCCAGGGCGUGCCAUCGAGAUGCACUGUAGAGGUGCCGCUCAAGGCUGCUGGUGGGGGCAAUGUCAUGGUGGACGUGCUGGCUGCAAACGACGAAAGCAAACGGGUCCUUCACGUGCAGAGCAUAUCUCCUUGGGCUCCGUCGUGCAUCGGGCCGUACAGUCAGGCUACGUUGCAUGGAGGUGUCCUCCACAUGGCCGGUCAGAUACCACUGGAUCCGGCAUCGAUGGUGAUCGUGAAAGGUGGGCCGCGUGUGGAAAUGGCGAGGGCUCUCCUGAGCUGCGAAGCUGUUGCAGAGACCUUUGGAGUGUCCCUGCGCCGUCAACUGUUGUGCUGCACAGUUUACUGCGCAAGUGCUGCUGGUGCGAAUGGUCGUGAAGAGAUGGAAGCAGAGCUCAGAGGCUUCCUUCACGGUGUUGAUUCCGCUGAUGGUCCGCAUGCAACGACCGAUUACAAGGUCGGGAAACCUUCAAACUGUGAACCGUUGAUUCGCUACGUUGUCGUUUCUGGUCUUCCAAAAGCUGCACUAGUGGAAGUGCAGCCCGUCCUUGUUACGCUGGCCGAAGCGACCAGUGUCCAUAGCAAAAUCCAGGAGGAGGAGGAGGAGGAGGAGGAGGAGGAGGAGCGUAUAAAAAGCUGGGCUCUUCGUCGGAUCAACAUACCGUCAUCGGUGGUACGAAGCUCCGAUGCUGAUGGGACCACCGUCAGGUUGUGGAAAAGUGGAGACGAUGGGACAGAGCGUGUUGAGGUGGUGGACUCCGACUCCAUCCUCGAAAGCCACAGCAAUGCCACCACAAGAGUCACGGAGAUCAGUUGCCAAGGCAUUGCUGCUGGACGGGAAGUGGUUUGUGCCGUUGCAUUCGCACGCGAGCGGUGUCUUGAAGAGGCGGCGGCAGUGGCAGUGUCUCCCCAAAGCGAGAGGAGUUCUGCAGGUGCCGACCCCAAUGAGUGUGAGUGUCCAUCCCGACACCCAAGGAACUCGGCACAUCUAUGGAGAACAUCCAUUCAUAGCUGUGUGGAGAAGCUGGGGAGAGCACUCGUAGAAUCGGGCUUCCGAUGGGCUGACGUCACUGUCAUUAGGGUGUAUUUUGUUGCAAGACAUCUUGAACUCAGAGAUUUGGAAACAGCCUUGACCUCAUCGAUUAGCUCCAUUGCGUGUGCGAGAGACCAUUGCGAAAAUGGGAAUGUGAUCGAAGGAGAGAGUGGAAUUGAGAGAAGUGGUGGUAACUCCUCCUUGCAGCAGUUGCCUGCGAAGGAGAAAUGUCUCCCGCCAUCAACUCUCCCUACUGCCGUGCUUGUCCCUGUGGAGGCUGUGGGACUUAACGCUUCCGCUGAUGCGCAACUGGCCAUUGAGAUUACAGCUAAUGCACCAAGGUAAAAAAACCGUGUUGUUGCAAAACGGCCUUCGAAGUCUUGAUUGGAUUCCUCUUUUUGAUGACUGCAUUUCAGUUUUUUCCACACUUGCAACUGCACCGUGGCCCAUACCGUCUGGUGCACGGCACGGCCUGCGGUGCGCCACCUGCUCGUGCCCCGGUGCAGUGGCAGUUUCCCUUUUUUUGUUUUUUAUUUGCUGUUUUUGUAGAUACAGAAGAGUGCAAUAAACACCUAAGGAACUG